CAAUCGUGCCAUCAGUCGGUGCAGUUGAAGGAACAGACGGAACAAAAAUUAUCAAAAAAAAAAACAAAGUUGUGACAAACUUGUAGGAAGCAAAUUGGUGCAGAAGUAAUUUAAUACAGUUUGAUUGUGAUAAUUUACUAAUAUCUCAAUUUCAGAACUUGUAAGGAACUGUGCAAUCACUAUUUAACAGAUAACUAAACUUCAUCAUAAUGCAAGGUGAGCAAAAUUAUCUUCUCGCAAACGACCCAAACAACCAAUAUUACGGGGGAUAUCCACAGCAGCCAGGAUACAAUCAAGGCGGUUAUCCUUCCCAGCAGUAUCCUCCCCAACAAGGUUAUCCGAGUUAUCCACCCCAACCAGGUUAUCCUCCUCAACCGGGAUAUCCACCUCAAGGUUAUCCUCCUCAACCAGGGUUUGCACCGCAGCCAGGGUUCCAACCUUCAUAUCCACCACAAGAUCAAGGAUUCAUGGGACAACCAACAGUGCCGCCAGGCGGAAGUUAUGGUAACUAUGACCCAGAAGACCAAAGUGCUAAGGGCUUCGAUUUCACCGAUCAAUCCAUCAGGAAAGGAUUCAUCCGUAAGGUGUACUCCAUUCUCACGGUGCAACUUGCAAUCACUCUCGGCUUCAUAGCUCUGUUUAUGUACCAUAAAGGCACAAAGCUAUGGGUCCAGAAGCACCCAGAAAUGUUCUGGAUCGCUUUGGGAGUAAUGAUUGUAACGCUUAUAUCAAUGGCAUGCUGUGGUAGCGUACGGCGUAAGGCUCCAAUGAAUUUCAUUUUCCUCGCUCUAUACACAUUUGCCCAAUCAUUCCUACUCGGCGUAACUACAGCAAAUUUCAGCUCGGAUGAGGUAUUACUUGCGGUAGGAAUAACGGCAGCAGUUUGUCUCGGACUAACACUUUUCGCAUUCCAAACAAAGUGGGAUUUCACCGUAAUGGGCGGAGUUUUGUUUGUUGCUGUUAUAAUACUCAUGCUGUUUGGAAUCAUCGCCAUCUUUUUCCCAGGAAAGACAAUUACGAUUGUUUAUGCGAGCGCUGGUGCUCUUCUGUUCAGUAUCUAUUUGAUCUACGACACUCAGCUAAUGAUGGGCGGUGAACAUAAGUACAGCAUAAGCCCUGAAGAGUAUAUUUUUGCAGCAUUGAAUCUAUAUCUGGAUAUAAUCAACAUCUUUAUGUACAUCCUUACAAUCAUUGGUGCGUCGCGCGACUAAGGCGCAUUGACCAACACCUACUGUGGCGUGCCCUAUUACUGUGGGGUUAAGGACGUUCCAACAAUAAAACAUAUACAAAAAAUCGAUGAUUGCCCCUAACGAUUUGUAAACAAAAAAAUCAAUUCUUAUUGCAACUCAAAUAUAUUUAAAAGAAAUGAUACCAAAUACCGCGCCUAAGUAUUCCUACGAGGAUAGAAUUUGCAUACACUUGCAGAUGAUCUUAAUAAAAACUUUAUAUUUACCAGUUAUGAUGAUAGACACGGUAUUAGGUGCUGCUUGGAAUUAGGGCAAGUCACUGUACAAAGGGUAAUUACUGUAUCUAACGAAGCUCGCAAAUAAAAACAAAGCACUGCAUAUAUUGUUAUUACUCAAAUGUAAUUUCUAAAAUAAUGUUUUUUACUUGAACUCUUAUUUUAGGAUUUCAGACUACGAGCGGUAUCACAUGAUAUACAGUACCUAUGUUGUUAUGAAACGUCAUCAUAUACAUUAUUGGAACUGUAAAUUAGAUGUGUGCUAUUUGACAUAAAGUUACUCUAUAUCAAGUUAUACAUACCUCGUAGUAUGAAAAUCCUAUUAGGGCCAUCUACAUAUUUAUAGCUUCACAGCAGCGAAUGUUACCUGUUAAAUAUAUGUGUGAAUAUAAGUAAUAUAAACCUCCAGUGUAAAAAUACAGAGAUGAAGUGAUCUUACUUUUUAGAUGAAAAUAAAUUAGUCCUGACCCUCACUGAUAAACCUAUGAUAAACAAAAUUGAAAUAUAUUUAUUUCCAGUUAAAAACCUACAAAA